CAAUAUGUCCAUGUCCUCUGUGGGCCCGCAAAGUCCACUGGACAUGAAACCCGACACAGCAAGCCUCAUCAACCCCGGAAACUUCAGCCCUUCCGGUCCCAAUAGUCCGGGAUCCUUCACCGCUGGUUGUCACAGCAACCUUCUAAGUACGUCGCCGAGUGGCCAGAACAAAGCAGUCGCACCCUACCCGCCGAACCACCCUCUCUCCGGAAGCAAGCACCUCUGCUCGAUCUGCGGUGACCGUGCCAGUGGCAAACAUUAUGGUGUCUAUAGCUGCGAGGGUUGCAAAGGAUUCUUUAAGAGGACCGUGCGCAAGGAUCUGUCGUACGCGUGUCGCGAAGAGAAAUCCUGCAUCAUUGACAAACGGCAGAGAAAUCGAUGUCAGUAUUGCAGAUACCAGAAAUGUCUCGCGAUGGGAAUGAAGAGAGAGGCGGUUCAAGAGGAACGUCAACGUACCAAGGAAAGGGAUCAGAGCGAGGUGGAGAGCACUAGUAGCCUGCAUUCGGACAUGCCGAUCGAGCGUAUCCUGGAGGCCGAGAAAAGAGUCGAGUGCAAGAUGGAGCAACAGGGAAAUUACGAGAAUGCAGUGUCGCACAUUUGCAACGCCACGAACAAACAGCUGUUCCAGCUGGUAGCAUGGGCGAAACACAUCCCGCAUUUUACGUCGUUGCCACUGGAGGAUCAGGUACUUCUGCUCAGGGCCGGUUGGAACGAGUUGCUGAUAGCCUCCUUUUCCCACCGUUCCAUCGACGUGAAGGACGGUAUCGUGCUGGCAACGGGGAUCACCGUGCAUCGGAACUCGGCGCAGCAGGCCGGCGUGGGCACGAUAUUCGACCGUGUCCUCUCGGAGCUUGUCUCGAAAAUGCGUGAAAUGAAGAUGGACAGGACAGAGCUUGGCUGUCUCAGAUCUAUAAUACUCUUCAAUCCUGAGGUUCGAGGACUGAAAUCCAUCCAGGAAGUGACCCUGCUCCGUGAGAAGAUCUAUGGCGCCCUGGAGGGUUAUUGUCGCGUGGCUUGGCCCGACGAUGCAGGAAGAUUCGCGAAAUUACUUCUACGCCUGCCCGCCAUCCGUUCGAUCGGAUUAAAGUGCCUCGAGUACCUGUUCUUCUUCAAAAUGAUCGGUGACGUACCGAUCGACGAUUUUCUCGUGGAGAUGUUAGAAUCACGAUCAGAUCCUUAGGAACAGAAGGUGUGCCGCGUCUUGGGGCACACCGAUUUAUAAAAGAUACGACAGAAAAACAAAUAUAAAUAUUAUAUAUAUAUCAAAAAAGCAAAGAACAUCAUUGAAGAGAUAUAUAUAUAUAUGUAUGUGUGUAAAAAAAGAAAUUCCCGUUGAUAACUUCGAUAUAUAUCUCUCACAGUGAAAAAGAAAAAAAAAACGAAAUAAAAAUAGAAAUUCUCACAUAUCGAGUGAGAUACAUACAAUUUACUUACAUUUCUCUUUUCCACUGUUUUAUUUAUAUUUCUGUUCGUUAGCGCAUUAUUAUAAUCAACGUCCUUUUCUUCGAUUCGUAUCGAGAGCAUGUCGGAAGUCGAACAAUGGAUGCUAUCGCUGAGAACGAAUCAACGGGAUUUAUAACAUCUUCGAGAGUCGAUCUGACGAAUUUUCAAACUCGCUGUUAUACCUCGAAAUGAUCUCUCCUUCUCUUUGCAUAUUUCAGUCUAUGACACAUGUUGUUUAUGUAUGUCAUAUAUUGUACAAGCAAAAUUCUCACGUAUGCCGAUUUCUUAUCGGAUAUUGCCGAUUCACAUUAGAUUUCAAUUGCGUAUACGUUGAACUAUGCACAUCCUAAAAUCAUGUGGAAGUUCCUAAGAUACUGAUUUCUUAUGCCCUCUCUUUUCUUUGUUCACUCUCUAUUUUUUUCGACUCGUGUAUUAAUUUUUCUUUGUUUUACUAGUCUUUCAAAAUAUAUCGAAUGUAUAGGAUGAU